CACGAUCCUCUUGAUCUUGGUCAGCUUCCAAACCCUUCACUGAAUUCGAGAGAUAGAUGCAACGUAUUGCUAGCUAUAAAGACCCCCAAAACGUUAACAUUUGAGCAAAAUAAAGUAGUAGUGAUCGACUGACUGAUAUUUGCACGAAAGAAAAGAAAAAAUUUUGUGAGGAUGGUAACUUCAAUGACUCCAAGAGUUGAGAGCUUGUCAAGCAGUGGGAUCCAGGCAAUUCCAAAGGAGUACGUGAGGCCCCAAGAAGAGCUAAACAGCAUCGGGAACAUCUUCGAGGAGGAGAGAAAGGAAGAAGGGCCGCAGGUUCCGACCAUUGAUUUGAAAAACAUAGAAUCCGACGACGAGGCGGUCCGGGAAAAAUGCAGGGAGGAGUUGAAGAGAGCUGCAGUGGAAUGGGGUGUCAUGCACGUUGUGAACCAUGGCAUCCCUGACGAGCUCCUUGAACGGGUGAAGGAGGCCGGAAAGGUGUUCUUUGAUCUCCCCGUGGAGGAGAAGGAGAAGUACGCUAAUGACCAGGCCUUGGGGAAGAUCCAAGGCUAUGGAAGCAAGCUGGCGAAUAACGCUAGCGGGCAGCUCGAGUGGGAGGACUAUUUCUUCCACCUUGCGUACCCUGAGGACAAGCGCGACAUUUCCAUCUGGCCUAAGACCCCUACUGACUACAUUGCGGCAACAAGCGAGUAUGCAAGGCAACUGAGAAAACUAGCGAGCAAGGUGCUUUCUGUACUAUCCCUUGGCUUGGGAUUGGAAGAAGGGAGGCUAGAGAAGGAAGUCGGCGGCCUGGAAGAACUUCUUCUCCAAAUGAAAAUCAACUACUAUCCCAUAUGCCCUCAACCGGAGCUCGCUCUCGGCGUUGAAGCUCACACCGACAUAAGCGCGCUUACUUUCAUUCUCCACAACAUGGUGCCCGGCCUACAACUCUUCUACCAAGGCAAAUGGGUGACGGCGAAAUGUGUUCCCAACUCCAUAAUCAUGCACAUCGGCGACACCUUAGAGAUCCUGAGCAACCGCAAGUACAAGAGUAUUCUUCACAGGGGGCUGGUGAACAAGGAGAAGGUUCGGAUCUCGUGGGCGGUCUUCUGCGAGCCGCCCAAGGAGAAGAUCAUCCUGAAGCCUCUGCCGGAGGUUGUGUCCGAGGAGGAGCCGGCGAUCUUCCCACCUCGCACCUUUGCUCAGCAUAUCCAGCACAAGCUGUUCAGGAAGACCCAGGAUGCUCUUGACGCUAAAUAAUGAGGCAGCUGGAUUAUGGUUGCGAUCGAUUUGUCCUCUUAAUUUAUUGUCAAUACCAUGCUGUUUCAUGGCCGGCUCUGGGAUGUUGUUUCUAUGGAUUGGUUUUUCAGGCUUUUAUUGUGGCAGUAAUAGGCCAUUAGUUAUGGUUUGUUCUUUGGCUACAACUCCAUGUCUGCUUUUUAAAUAAGAAUAAUAUUCAUCUAUUUUAUGAUUGUGAUUUGGUGGAUCA